UAAGUGUAAAAGGGAAAUGGUCAGUAAGGGAUCCUCAUAUGAGGCUUCAGGGAUCUUUGAAUAGAAAAGCUUCUGCACCAUCUGUUCUGAGACAGGAGCUCCUCCUUUCCCUGCAGGAUGCCUGGAAACAUCAGAUCAGUGUCUUUUGUGGUGUUGGUCUGUCUGUUGUUCUGCAGCAGACUGACCAGCGUGGGUGCAACACCUAUCUGUACCAAUGCCCACGCUGGGUGCCACGUCCUCUCCCUGUCAAACCUGUUUGAUCGGGUCAUCCAGCACUCAGCCAGGAUGCAUGGCAUUUCAAAUGACCUUCACUCCGAGUUUGAGCAGUAUUUCCUGCCCAGUAGGAAUCAAAUUGGCCGGGUCAGUCGCAACUGUCAUACCUCCACCAUCCUCACCCCAAAUGGCAAGGAGAACGCUCAGAAAAUGGCGAGAGAAGAGCUGACGGAGGUGAUUCUGAAGCUCUUGGUGGCAUGGAGGGAUCCUCUGUGGCAUUUCCAUCAUAGCAUGGCUCACUAUGAUGACUUCAACAACUUCAGCUCCAAUAAAGCUCUUGAGAUGAGCGACAUGGUGCACGAGCUACGCAAAGGUGUAGAGAAAGUGGCUGAGAAGAUGCAGGUGUUGGGGAUAACAAGUAACACUGUCAACAGCCUGACUUCUCCUGAGGCUUUGUUGCCAUCUGAAAGCGCAGAGUGGCGCCUGAUGAAAGACUACGACCUCCUCUACUGCUUUCGCCGAGACUCCAACAAGGUUCAAAACUACCUGAAAAUCCUCAAAUGUCGCAUCGUGCCAGAGCAUGGAUGCUGAAGGCCAAAACUAUGGAGGCUGUGUAUAAACUUACCUGGAAAUAUCAACACGUUGGAAUGGAAAUGCUUCAGUUGGAGACUAAAGCUGUACGGAAUGUUAACUGAUAACGCACGUAUGUUCACUUCUAUCAUGACUGGAGUUCUGCUGUGAGUGUGGACAUUGUGACUUUACUACAGAAAGGGUGGAAUAAGUGCAAUGCAUGUUAUGAUCCUGUAUACCACGUUUAAAAAAAAUACCAUAUAAAACAUUUCAAAAAACA